CAACGCAAUCCACGUCUUUUCCAAAUAACCUUUAUCACCACAUCUUUGUUGGUACUUUUCUCGCGGCCUUUGUACGACGCCUUCAUUGCGGAUCCAGUACCGCCACCAAUAGGCGGCGCACCUCCAGGUCAUAAACGUUAAGAAUGGAAUCAGUGCGCAAAGCUAAGCAAAGACUACGCAAUUAUCCCGUGCUACUGGGCAAAUGCGCUGAUAAGGCAGCUGUUUACGCGGCAUGUGUGACACGAGAUUUAAAUGUGCAGCAUCAUAUUUGCGAUAAGGAAUUCAAACAGUUCAAUGAAUGUUUACAGAAAGCAGCAAAAGAAAUGAAAACUAAAUUGUAAACCGUUUUUUUUUAUUGUUGCUGGAUUGUUAUAAAUGGAAAAUUUUCAUAUAAACUGUUGAUCUAUUUAUUGCUUUUGGCAUGUGCAAUGGAAAUAACUGAACGGGUUAGUAAAAAUCCGAGAAAAUAGUUGAUGCAAAAAUAUAAACAAACACAAACAUAAAAUAUAAAAUAAUAACAUAUACUUGAAUUAACCAUAAAUUACAUAUAUUUGUACAUAAAUCUAACCAAAAAUCAACUGUAACAUGUCCAUG